UAAUCUCUCUCUCUCUCUCUCUCUCUCUCUCUCUCUCUCAAUUAACAUAUACAUAUACAUAUACGCAGAGGUGUGUAUAGAAUUAGCUAUUUGAGAUGAGUAAGCGGACUCUGUACGCAUGGGGUGUGGCGGUUCUGUGCUUUGUAGUACUCAUGAUCGUCACACCGGCGAUCCCUCAGUCCCAAGAAUAUCACAAUUUCGCCGACAAACGCGAAUUCUUCGGUAUUCCAAAUACACUGAAUGUGGUUUCAAAUUUCCCAUUCCUUGUAAUUGGUAUUGUAGGGCUUAUACUUUGCUUUCAUGGGAACUAUUUUAGACUGAGGUUGCAAGGUGAGGUUUGGGGUUGGACGUGUUUUUUCAUUGGUGUGGCUGCUGUUGGUAUUGGAUCCUCUUAUUAUCAUCUCAAGCCAAAUGAUGCUACUCUUGUGUGGGAUCGUUUGCCAAUGACUAUUGCAUUCACGUCAAUCAUGGCAAUCUUUAUAAUUGAAAGAAUCGAUGAGCAAAAGGGAACGGUGUCCAUUCUUCCCCUACUAUUGGCAGGUGUUAUAAGCAUAUUGUAUUGGAGGUUUUUUGAUGACCUCCGCCCAUAUGCACUGGUUCAGUUUGUUCCUUGCAUUGUAAUUCCGAUAAUGGCUAUCUUGUUGCCUCCAAUGUACACACAUUCCACAUACUGGCUUUGGGCUGCAGGAUUUUAUCUUUUAGCUAAGGUUGAAGAAGCUGCAGAUAAACCAAUUUAUAAAUGGACACAUCAUAUUGUCAGUGGGCACACUCUUAAGCAUUUGUGUGCUGCAAUGGUUCCAGUCUUCUUGACACUUAUGCUUGCAAAGAGGACUAUUGAAACAGAGAGGCAAAGUUUGCUCGAGACUUGGAAAAUUUCCUGGACCAAAGUUAGAGGGAAUGAAGUGAAGGUGGAGAGUUACACUUGUACUUACUCAAAUGUCCCUGUCGAGGAAUCUCCUUAACUGAGUACAUGCAUACUUUCUGAGAAGUUAUUUGGUAGUCCUGGGACAUGCCCCAACGCCUCUAAGAGACACACAAUCACAUGGGGUCCUCCCCUAAAUGUGGGGAGUCCACAUGAUCAGGUGGCUUUUGGAAACAUUGGGGCAAUGCUCACGAGCACCAAAUAAAAUUUUCUCCGUUCCUUAUAAUGAGAAUACUUAAAUGUCUGACAGGUAUACCGCAAAGGCUGUUAACCCAUUCACAAAACAUUGGUUCAGCAUGCAAAAAAGAAUGAUUUUUUUUUUUUCCUUUCAAGAAUGUGUACAGAACACCUUUCCUUUGAUGAUGUAUAUAGAAAGUAUUGUGUUUAAUGCUUA